ACAAGCGGUAGCUGUGCACGCGGAGAUUAAACGUAAUUGACUCCUGUGAUUGGCUGCAGGCGCACUGAGGAGGGUGUCCGUCGUCAGUCACCAUUUGUACUUAAUUACCAAUCAAAGCGUUGUUACGCGCACCCGGCGCCGUCUGUCUGCCGUCCUUUACGCCGUUAUUACAGUCUCAACAGUUCGACUGCCUUGCUGAGGGUUAGACUCGUAGAUAAGACGGAAAAGAAAGAGCUAGAGUGAACGGUAUGGUUUGGGAUCUUCAUCACCUGCCGCGCGUCAUGGAAUCGGACAGCAAAAGUUUCCAGCCCUGGAGAGACUACAUGGGACUAUCCGACAUCAUCAGAGAGAUCAUGGCUGGGAACAACGCACCUGAACCCGCAACACCAGCACCCUCUGCCCUGCACUCAAACACGGAUGAUGUGUUUAAGACUGAGGUGUCUGUGCGCCUUGACGCAGUUGACCAAAGUGUUGUGGGAGCGGAGUGUGCGACCGGUCUCCUCCAUGAAUCACCACCUCCUGGCUCCUCUGCUCCUCGGCGCCUGUCUGGUGGUUUGAGGUUCGCGCCGAACUUCAGUCGUGUUGAUUCAACAGGUGUGGAUUAUAAACAAGGGCAUGAAGCCACGGGCUCCCGUGCUCUCCUCCAUGAGUCACUACAUCCUGGCUUCUUUGCUCCUCAGCGCCUGCCCGAUGGUAUGAGGCUCGCACCCAACUUCAGUCGUGCUGAUUCAACAGAUGUGGAUUAUAAACAAGGGCCUAAAGCCACGGGCUCCCGGGCCCCCAAAGACCGCAUCAAGACGAGUCGUUUCAAACCACCGGAGCCCCCGGGGUUACCAGCGCUUCCUCCUGAGCGCAUGUUCUGCAGCUUCUGCAAGCACAACGGAGAAUCUGAGUUGGUGUACGGAUCCCACUGGCUGAAGAACCAGGCUGGAGAUGUCUUGUGUCCCUAUCUGCGACAAUACGUGUGUCCUCUCUGUGGAGCCACGGGAGCCAAAGUUCACACCAAGCGCUUCUGUCCAAAGGUGGACAGCGCGUACAGCUCCGUGUACGCCAAGUCCAGACGCUGAGCCAACAGGUGGCGAGUAACAAUAAGACACUGCACAGAGGGCAGAAUCAUUUUAAGUGAUGUUUUCCUUUAGUGGCACUAGAGUGUGUGUGUGUGUUCUGUUUUUGUGUGUGUGUUUUGGUUUGGUUUUCUUUUGCAUGCUUUGGCACGUGUUGCUGUGAGGCCCUCUGUAGUGCUGGUUGUGGUUUGUUUUGCAGCUGGUCCCUUUUUGUUGAUGCGGUAUACUUUGACUGCCUCUGUUUGGAGUUGUUGGAUUUUGAGCCCGAGGAGAUUGAGGAAUUUCAGAGAACGACUGCCAGAUAUUUUGUUUGGGAGGAGAAAAGAGGAAAAAAACAAAACCCACAUCUCAUGAGAAAAUGUAUGCAUGUCUGUUUUUAAAACGUGGCCAUGUGAUGUCCAGUAUAUUUCCUGUCGAUGCAUUGAAGGAUUUCAACACUAAAUCAUAACUUUAUAAAAACCUACAGUCAUCAGUAAUAACUUCACUACCACGUGUACACAUCAUGUGACCAUGUAUGUCAGCAUUUUAAAUUUUUAAUGUGAGUUCUUGUUCUGAGGUGUGCGUACUGUACAUGCCUGUUUGAGGCAUGCUAUUUUAUUUUGAAUAUUGUGCAUGUGGCUUUUCAAAGAAAAAAAGCCGUUUCAGCUCUUUUCGAUUUGUCAAAUUUCUGUGAAUAUGUUUGUAUGUCAAAAGUUAUACAUGUCUGAUGUGACUAAAAAUUCUGUGUUUGUAUCCCUUUUCA